AAUUAAGUCCUUUUUAAUUGGUUUUGCUAAGAGAAGAGGGUCCCCUGCAGAUUAGGGUGGUCAUCAUUUUCGCAAUAGCUUUAGAAACACAAUUAAACCCACGACUGUAUGCUAAUUACAUCGUAAUUACUCCUUGAUUAAAGCCUCUUUUUUUAAAGUCCUUCAAAGGGCCUGUUGUCACUCACUUUAUUGGACUUGUUUAUGCUAGAAAUAAUAUUGCGAACACAUGUUUGGCGAAAUGAGCCGCAACCUUUCACACGUCACUGCUUCCAUCGUCGAGCUACUUUAACCAACCGGUCACGAUGGAUCACAAGGAUCUGACAUCCAUCUAACAUUUCCUCGUGUCCAUUCAGCUCAAAUAAAUACUGACGGAAUGAACCGUCCACGGACAAGGGCCACGCGUGGUUAGAUACGCUGGGACGGUGCAGGUGGUUGGACACAGGAGGAACCACCAGGGCAGGAAGUGAAAAUGAGAGGCAGGAAACAAUUUUUGUUUUAUGUUGAUCUGUUCUAAAAUGUUGCACUCACAAACAUGGAUCCUAAAAUGUAAAAUAAAUAGACGGAGUAAAGCAAUGAGAGACAUGCAAAGCGGCGGCGCACAGCACAGCCCGGGGGGGUUGGUCGGAAUAAAACAAAGGGAAACCUCACCCUUGCACAACUUCCUGCUCUGCCCAGGUAGGAAAGAAAAAAAAAAAAAAAAAAAAACCUCAUCACCUGUCAGGUGUGUUUCAGCGGGCGGACGGUUGGGACCUUCAUUUGAGUCAUGCAGGAGAGUGAAGGAACACCUCUGGGGACGCUGCGGCCACGGACCCGAUGUCCUCGAUGUGGGGACCUGCUGGAGUGGUCGGAGGAGCACAGUGUCCUGCUGGGCUGCUCCUGCUGCACCACAGUGGAUGAGGCUCUGCAGAAGGUCGCCAGAGGCCUCGCCGGCAGGAUGAAGGAGAAGAGCCACUGGGCAUCCGGAAGGGUGGGCGACAUCAACUUCGUUGGCGCUACGAAGACGAGAGGAAAGUUCGUGAGGGUGCGCAGCGACACAGACCCGGUGCUGAUCUACCAGAUGCUGAUGGAGUGGGGCCUCGCUCCCCCACACCUGGUGGUGGCGCUGGUGGGCGGAGACGAAAUGACUCAGAUGAAGCCUUGGCUCAGGGACAUUCUGAGGAAAGGACUCGUGAAGGCCGCACAGAGCACAGGCGCGUGGAUCCUGACCAACGGCCUCCGCUUUGGCAUCACCAAACACUUGGGCCAGGCCGUGAGAGAUCACUCGUUGGCCAGCACCUCCUCCAAAGUCCGCGUCGUGGCCAUCGGCAUCGCGCCGUGGAACAUGAUCCACAACCGGGAGGCGCUCGCCAGCAACUAUCCCAAGGUGGAGGAGCCUGCGGUGUACGAGCCCCAGGACUUGCCUCACGGGUCGGUGUACUCGCUGGACAGCAACCACUCCCACUUUGUGCUGGUGGAGGAGGAUCCCGACAGACCAGGAGCCACCAGCGAGAUGAGGGUGAAGCUGCUCAAACACAUCUCUCUCCAGCGCACCGGAUACGGAGGGGCAGGCAGUUUCGAGAUCCCUGUCCUGUGUUUCCUGGUCCACGGGGAGCCCAAAAUCCUGAAGAGGAUGCACAAAGGAAUCGGCAACUCCACGCCGUGGCUGAUCCUGGCCGGCUCGGGGGGCGUGGCCGACAUGCUGGUCACGCUGAUGAACCGAGGCUGCUGGGACGAGGACGCCGUUCGCGAGCUGCUGCUGGACACCUUUCCGAACGCCCACCACGGCACGGACGUCAGGAACUGGGUCAAGCUGAUUCAGAGGAUCCUUGAUCACGGGCAUCUGCUGACCGUCCACGACCCCGAACAGGAGAGCUCCGAGCUGGACACGGUCAUCCUCAAAGCUCUGGUCAAGGCUUGUAAGAGCCAAAGUCAGGAAGCACAAGACUUCCUGGACGAGCUGAAGCUGGCCGUGGCCUGGAACCGGGUGGACAUCGCCAAGAGUGACAUCUUUAAUGGAGAUGUGGAGUGGAAGGCGUGCGACCUUGAAGAGGUGAUGAUGGACGCGCUGAUCAAUGACAAACCCGACUUUGUGCGCCUCUUCGUGGACAACGGCGUGAACCUGGGCGAGUUCCUCACCUACGGCCGUCUGCAGGAGCUCUACUGGUCCGUGUCGGAGAAGAGCCUCUUUCACAACCUGCUGCUCAAAAAGUACGAGGAGAAACAGCUUCUGCUCGGAGCCGGAAGGACGCCGGGGCCGCCCGGGCACCAUCCGCCCGAAGGCGACAGGAAACCCCGCUUCACCCUCUUUGAGGUCGCCAAAGUGCUGAAAGACUUCCUCCACGACUCCUGCAAAGGCUUUUACCAAAGGGUUCCCACAGAGAAGCCGGCGAAGGGCCGACUGUUCCACACCCAGAAGAACAUGGCGGAGUCCGAGGAGCGCUGCGAACAUCCUUGGAGGGACCUCUUCCUCUGGGCCGUCCUUCAGAACCGACAGCAGAUGGCCAACUACUUCUGGGCCAUGGGCCCCGAGGCAGUUGCGGCAGCGCUGGCGGGUUGUAAGAUUCUGAAAGAGAUGGCGCGACUGGAAUCCGAGGCAGAGUCUGCGCGCAGCAUGAAGGAGGCGAAGUACGAGCAGUUUGCCCUUGACGUCUUUGGAGAGUGCUACUCCAACAGCGAGGACAGAGCUUACGCCUUGUUGGUGAGACGAACUCACUGCUGGAGCAAAUCCACGGUCCUCAACUUGGCCACCGAGGCAGACGCCAAAGCCUUCUUUGCCCACGAUGGAGUUCAGGCCCUCCUCACGAAGAUCUGGUGGGGGGCGAUGACCACGGACACGGGCAUCUCCAAGCUGGUGGCGUCUUUCUUCUUUCCACCUCUCAUCUGGACCAACCUCAUAAAGUUCAGCGAUGAGGAACUCGACAACAAGCUCAGCCAAGGGCAGUUUGUGGAGCUGGACAGUCUGGACACGGAGAAGGCUUUACUGCUGAGCGACGACGACGACCCUUUGGACCCGUCGCCUGAGGGCCAGGGGGCCCAGAGCUGCGCCUCCGUCUGGUGGCGGUUCCUACACCGCCGCUGGCGCCGCUUCUGGAGCGCCGCCGUCACCGUGUUCCUCGGCAACGUCAUCAUGUACUUCGCCUUCCUCUUCCUCUUCACCUACGUGCUCCUGCUGGACUUCCGGCCGCCGCCGCCCCUCGGCCCCGGGCCCACGGAGAUAAUGCUCUACUUCUGGGUCUUCACCUUGGUGCUGGAGGAACUCCGACAGAGCUUCUUCACGGACGAAGAGAUGAGCAUCUUGAAGAAGUUCAAACUCUACGUGGAAGACAACUGGAACAAGUGCGACAUGGUCGCCAUCUUGCUCUUUGUGGUCGGGGUUUCGUGCAGGAUGGCUGAGGACACGUAUGAGGCGGGCCGGACCGUCCUGGCGAUAGACUUCAUGGUGUUCACUCUGCGUCUCAUCCACAUCUUUGCCAUUCAUAAGCAGCUGGGCCCCAAGAUCAUCAUUGUGGAACGAAUGAUGAAGGACGUUUUCUUCUUCCUUUUCUUCCUGAGCGUGUGGAUGAUCGCGUACGGCGUCGCCACCCAGGCCCUUCUCCACCCCAACGACCCCCGGAUCGACUGGGUGUUCCGCAGGGCCUUGUACCGCCCUUACCUGCACAUUUUUGGCCAGAUACCCCUGGAGGAAAUAGAUGCUGCUCGAAUGCCCGAAAUCAACUGCACCAACGACUCGGAGGAGAUCAUCCUGGGCCUGCGCCCCCCGUGUCCCAACAUCUACGCCAACUGGCUUGUCAUCCUGCUGCUGGUCAUCUUCCUUCUCGUCACCAACGUCCUGCUGCUCAACCUGCUCAUCGCCAUGUUCAGCUACACCUUCCAGGUGGUGCAGGGCAACGCAGACAUCUUCUGGAAGUUCCAGAGGUACAACCUGAUCGUGGAGUACCACAGCCGUCCGGCACUGGCCCCGCCCUUCAUCAUCAUCAGCCACCUCUCUCAGCUCCUCCUCAGCCUGGUCAAAAAGCCCGCCUCCAAGCACGAGCAUCUUGAGAGGGAGCUGCCUGAGGGUCUAGACCAGCGUCUGAUAACGUGGGAGACGGUGCAGAAGGAGAACUACCUGGCCAAACUGGAGCACCAGCAUUGGGAGAGCAGCGAGGAGAGACUCAAGAGCACUUCCUCAAAGGUUCAGAGCUUGCUGAAGAUCGUCAGUGGGUUCAAGGACCAAGAUAAGCGACUGGUAUCCAUGGAUGCUCAGGUCAGAUAUUGUGGAGAGGUGUUGUCCUGGAUGGCAGAGUGCUUCGCUCAAAGCACACUCAAGUGCGGGAAAGAUGCGCCGAGAGCUCCAAUGUCCCUGAGCGGCACCAAGGACGCGCCCGAGAGUCCACCGGAGAAAAAAGUCCAAUCAGAAGAGAAGGCGGCGGCCAGACCGGGCCACCAGGGAUAUGGAGCCAAAAAAAAGCUCCCAUAUAUUGACGAGUAAAAGGGAUAACGGCAACUGCAGCACACAGACAGCUAUUUAAGAAAUACUAUGAAGCCUUUAAUAUUUUGAGGUGGGAUUGGUGGGAAAGGUGAUUGAUUUGUGAACUUCAAAUUUUAAAUAAUUAUUUCACAAAUGCAUACUGGCUUUUUGAGAGUUGUCGGGACGGUUACCUGUGGUUUAUCACAAUAAACAAAUUUGAUGAAUUA